CAGCAGGGACAUCGGGGGUGUUGUUUUCUCCAGCCUGGAACAAUGUAAUUAUCAUAGCAAUGAUUGCACUAGCAGCAGUAAUUAGUAGCACGGACCCUUCCGGACGGUGACUCCCAUGCAAUAUGCGCGAGGCCAUUCAAAUAUCCCCGCCUGCUAUCCGAAGUGAAAUCCUAGAGAAGCUACUAAAGCGGUAGAGUUAGAGAGCGAGCGGAGGGAGGGGUACAAGUGCACGUCAGCUGCCUACAAAUGACACACUGCAAUCAUGAACUGUCUCGCGGCGCGUUCUUUCGCGCCUUUUCGUUAGUGAAGUAAGAAGUAGACAUCGAGAUACUCGGAGAAAAGCGGCUUCUGUUACUGAUUUAGCGGAUAAGACGUUUCUAGCGCACUUCUGGUGGACUUCUACUCCUCAGCCCAUAAUAAAAGCUCUAUCGCAGCCGCCUGAGAGUCUGGAUGGACCGCGAUGGACCCUCCUGGAGCUCGAGUCGAGAUAACGGAAUAAACCCCAUGCAGAUUAUAUAAGGAUUUUGCGACAAAGAAAGUCAGGAGACAGAAAAGCUGCUUCCCUUAUCACUAAUUCGCCCGAAUAAACAGCACGCCAGGGUUUAUAUUAUGGACAAUGUAGUCUUUGAGCACGGUGUGCCUGACUUCUCCGGAUUAUUUUCACCGUUUAGUUAUGCUGAGCAGCCGUACUGUGUUAUUACUGGCGCGAUUCUGGACACUGGAUUCAGAUAAUAUCGUCUCGAUGCCUGCAGGUUUGCGCUGGUCACUAGAUUGAGAUUGCUGUGUGAAGUCUUCAUGCUGUGGGGUAAAUACACUCUCUACUUCAUCUAAUCCUUUUUACAUGAAGUUCAGCUCUCUUGCAACUUGAUAUUCUAUUAUUCAUGCAGCCUUCAAGUCUUAAAGUUCAAAUGGUUCACUGCUGACAAGCUCGUUGGCGAGAUUGACACCUGCUAAUUCGGAUGUGCAGAUCCUAAUGCAUUGACACCUGUCGCAAUAUGGUGAUAUACUGAAGUGGUACAGGUCUGAACACACAUGUCCUGCAGUGGCAGCAGCACGACACUUACAAGCAUCAAGACAGAUGAUGCCAUUUAUUCGCGAACACUGAUGCUCUCACUUUACAGAUGAUCUUCUGUGUGGGAAUGGUUCAAUGGCACAUUACCGACGGACAUUUACUCGUAAAUGAGGGCAUGUGGCAUGAGUCCAGCAGAGAGUAUCUCCAAGAAUGAGAGCAUGUUGCCCUCGCCCCAGGUGUGCGUGUCUACUCUGGUGACAGUGAGCACGAUGGCCGUGGUCGACCUCUACCUGCUGGAGCAGAGCAUGCUGGGACCUCGAAGCGGAGCUCGUCCUGCAGUAUGGCCAUGUGUUGCUGUCGCGCUGGGUGACCUUUGUUUCCUGCUGGCGCUGCGCUUCGUUUCUGCCGGUGUGGUUUCGGAGGCUCGCUCUCCCCGCCGGGGCUUCGCCAAUGCUCUGUGGUUUCUUUUCCUCUCGCUGCUGCAGCUGAAGCUUUUCUUUGUGUGUCAGAACUACAGACAGGAGAGACGGCCCCCAGAUCCUCUUGCCCGCAAGACUCUGACUCUUUUACUUUCGGUGUGCCUGCCCUCGCUGUUUCUUAUCCUGACAGGAGCUGACUACAUGACUCCACUCCGCAGGAAGCAGGAGGUGCGCAGCCGGCUCCUGUGGGUGGUGGUUGACUUGCUAGACGUGUUGGAUCUGCAAGCUGGGCUGUGGGAGGUGCAGGGAAGUGUGGGGGUUCCUCUUUGGGUGGAGGGUAUAGUGUUCUUUUACUGUUAUGUGCUGUUGCUGUUACUGCCAUGCGUGUCACUCACAGAGCUGGGUGCCACUGCGCUGCCUGGGCUCCAGGCGGCUCGGAAGGAGGCCAUCUAUCCAUGGCUCAGCCUGGUGACCAUUAACCUGUUCACGCUCGUGCCCAGAGGGGUCGGGAUGCUGUGGUACAGGGACCCACGGGUGUCCACGGUGUUCCUGGGGAAAAACCUGCUGGCUCUUGCGGUAAAGUUGAGCUCUGCCUGGGAAAGGCACAGAAAGGGCAGCGGAGGGAUGCAGGGCACAGAAGCCACCACAGGAACUGGAAAUCAGACUCGAGGGUCAGCAACGGAGCAAGCCACGGAGCAGGAGCAAGAGUGCACGUCUCCAGUGCCAUCCUCUACACGCUACAACACACUCUCACGUACUCACGGACACAGCCACUCGCUCUCUCACGUCAGCCUAGACCCCACCGAGACCUCACUGGGACCGGCUUACAUUUCCCAUGAGCUAUAGAGGUCAUGAAAGAGCCCUGAAACUGCCAACAACCGGAAUUUGUAGGCUCAUAGCUAUCCCUGGAGUCUCUGUGCUUUUGGCAAGAUUAGCCGAGAUAACUCAUCGUAUUAGCACACAUUGUAGUUUGUACAGCUGAUGAUUUGUAAAGCCAAACACGAGCAGCCUGCUGUGGUGUGAAGCUCCCAGACAAAAAUGAUAAUGAGGCAAAAGAGGGAGCUGUUUUAAUUAAGUGCCUUCUUAAAAGAGCAACAAUUAAUAUUGUUACUCUUGUUCAUUUUGGUGUUCAUCAAGGACUUGAAUUAAACCAUGUACUAUGAAGCAUGACAACUGUUAAUAUUCUACUCUGUAAUAAAAAUGUUUCAUAGACACCUGCCUCCACCAUUGUUACCAGGACUCAGUUAGACCCAUAAUCUGUGGGUCUGACAUGUGAGACAGAAGCAGCUCUGAAGUAAAUCUGUGCAGACAUGUAAAAACAAAUGACAACAUUUCAAAAAUAAAAUGGGGUGGAACUUCGUUUAAAAAAAAUCUAAAUUUCUAUGGUUGGAACUCAAACAAAUGAAUCCAUUCUGCCAUCAACUAAAUGGGCAUUUUAUGGUUGAGCAAACACAGUAACGAAAGUAUCCGUCAAUCACUUUCAACAGUAAAACUUUACCCACAGUUACAUACAUUGAGGUCCAAAAGCCUAAGACUACAAGUGGAAAAUGCUUAUAUUUUGCACUUUUAUACCUCAACAAGUUAAUUACAAAAUAUAAGCACAGAAAUUUCAGGCCAAAAUUGACUUUAGAAAUUACAUUAAUCUUUACAAAUGUGUACACUAUCACUCUUUGGUUUUAAUGACAGCAGCACUUGAGCUGCAUAAACUCAAUAUUAGAAGUUUGUUUAAAACCAUAUUUUGGAUAAUAGGAAGCAAAUGUAUUUAUCUACCUGUACAAAGAUUGCACGUUACGAACUUUUUUAAAUCCUAAAACUGUUUAUUAUUUAGAAUCAAAUUAUAGUUUGAAUCCCAGUUUUGCAAUGUUGUAUCAGACUUUAAGACCCCUGUAUGGGCAGCUGCAGGCUGCAAUGGGGAGUGAUGUCUCAUUAAUCUACAACUUUAAACAUAUCAUAGUUACCACAGCAUGAAGUGUCUUCUCCACUGUGGUUACCAAUGACAGAUCUGUAUGUACCAGAGUAUGAUGUUAGAGAACCAUGCACAUUCUGAUGUGGUGAUAGAGAUUGAAUCCUGGUGCAGAGUAUGGUGGGGGGUUGGGUAUUAUUCACUCUC